UUAAAAUAACAACUGUCCUUCAUCCAUGAAGAACCUGAUUGAGCCAUUAUCCAGUGGAAGGACUCUUGAUCUCGCAAACUUGAGAGCUGAACUGCAUCUACUGACAUGAACGGCUUCAUAGUUACCUGAUGACUGUAUAACCUGUAUCAUCUGUAUGAUUUUGGUAGCAUAUCUGGUUACUUCUCAUUAUCUGACCCAGAGAGAGCAUGUAGAUUUUAAAUAGGAGGGAGGUGCUCCAAGAUGGACCCUUGGGGAACCCCGCAUGUGACUGAUGUGAACUAUGAUGUAAAAUGACCGACUGACACAAAGAAGUUCCUGUCCUUUAAGACUCAAACCAGUCGCGUCAAUGUCAGUAGUUUCAAAUGCUGCGCUGAGGACCAAAAAUACCAGAACCGUGGUUCUUCUACAACCUGCAUCCAUGACUGACUGACUGACUGACUGACUGACCUGACUGAAAGACGUCAAAGCAACUGGUCAUUGUUAAGAAGGUAUUUAACUGUUGAAAUGCAGCUUCUUCAAUAACCUUAUUGAUGAAUGGAUGACUGGUCUGUAAUUCUGCAUUAGCAACUUGUCCAGAUUGUCCUUUUCCUACAAUCAAUCAAUCAAAUUUUAUUUGUAUAGCACAUUUCAGCAGCAAGGCAUUUCAAAGUGCAACAGUAGUUUGAUAAUUGCUACUUUUAAGGUGUGGACUAGAGGAAAACACGUGGGAACCACAUUAAUUUACAUAUUUUAUCUCUGUUAGGAUCUGGGGUUGUUUAAGUUUGGUUUUGGGUUUUGUCAUAUUUUGUGUUCCUCAGUCAGAAAUCAGCCCAGUUCCUUUGUUCCAACGUUCAACCUCCCAGUAUUUAAGCGCCUUAUCUCAGUCACUCCUCGCUGCAUCAUCUGGUCUACUCCCAUCACUUCCCCGUUGUGCUCAGUGGGAGGUUUUUUGUUUCUCCCUGUUGGUUUCUUCCACUUGGAUUUUGAUUUAUUUUUUUCCCCUGCCCUCACUACCUGUGAUCUUUGUAAGUUUUUAUUUGGUGUUGUUGAUGUUGUUUUUUUCCCAUUAAACAUUGGAAUUUAUUUACCAUCUCUGUGUUCAACACAUCAUGGCAAUCUCUCUGAAAUGUUUCGGGUUUUGUCAAGUGAUUUCCAAGACGGUGUUUUUCAACCCGGGUCCUCAAGGCGCACUGCCCUGCAUGUUUUAGAUGUUUCCUUGCUUCAGCACACAUGAUUUCAACUGAUGGCUGAUGAACAGACCUCUGCCGAAUUGCAAUCAUCCGAAUUGGAAACAUGUAAAACAUGCAGGUAAAUGUGCCUUGAGGACCAGAGUUGGGGAAACGCUGUUCUAAGACACUUGAUUUUACAUAAAUUCAAAAAAAAAAAAGUAAUAAUAAAAAAAAUUGUCCCAGUUCUUAAACAUUCCCCGAAUAAAAGUGACAUACAGUUAUAUGCAACUUUUUUUUUUUUUGGUGUAGGUUACAUUUGCUACUUGCCGUAUGCAAUUAAGUGUUUCCAUAAAACUUUAAAACUAUCAAACAUUAUUCCGUUGAAACGAAGCAGAAAGCUUUUACUGCGAAAAUAAAUCAGUUUCGAUUCCGGUCUGCUGCUGCUGCUGUCUAAAACCGGUCCCUCUUUUGACUGAGCUGGAUCAUCAGGUGGUCGCUGGCUGACUGGCCGAGCUGAUCCCAGAACAGGGUUUUUCAGCACCGCGGUCAGCUCCGAGCCCUGCCUCUUUCCUCCUGCAGGCAGCGGAGCAUCAACGCAUCAGCGCUUCCUCCAUCUGCGACCCCUCCCCUUUUAAAUGUGCUCUCCUGAUAAAUCCUUCUUAUCUGUCACACACACUACUGGAGUUACAAGGCUUUGGACAUCGCGCAACCAAGAAGACUCAACAGUAUUUCCGGGUUUUCUUGUUUUUCUUCUUCUUCUUUUUUCUAGCUGAGAUCGGCUGCAGAUUUCCCCCCCCUCCACCAGCAGCCCGUGGCGUUAAUCAGGCACCGUUUGUGCCUCUUUCCUCCUGUGGCUCCAAUUAAUGCAGUUUUAUUUAGCCUAACAGUAGUUUAUUUUAGACUCCAGCAGCAUGUUGGAUCCGUCUUCCAGUGAGGAAGAAGGGGACGAGGUGGUCGAGGUGGAGCGCAAAGAGGUGGCCGCCUCGAAGAGCCUCGGAGGAGCCCGACGGCCACCGGGCCGAGCCGCCGACGAUCAUGGCGGCGGAGGGCUUCAGCCCCGGGGCCGCGGCAGCGACGGUGGCCGACCCUCCAGCCCCAGCCCUUCGGUGGGCAGCGACAAGGAAAAGGAGGACCUGGAGAAGAUGCAGAGGGAGGAGGAGGAGAAGAAAAAGCGGCUCCAGCUGUAUGUGUUUGUGAUGCGCUGCAUUGCUUAUCCGUUCAACGCAAAGCAGCCCACCGACAUGGCCAGGAGGCAGCAAAAGAUCAGCAAGCUGCAGCUUCAGACCGUCAAAGAUCGCUUUCAGGCAUUCCUCGGUGGAGACACUCAGAUUGUGGCUGAUGAGGCUUUCAUCAACGCUGUUCAGAGCUACUAUGAGAUCUUCCUGAAAAGUGACCGCGUGUCCCGGAUGGUGCAGAGCGGCGGUUUUUCGGCUAGCGACUCUCGCGAGGUUUUUAAGAAGCACAUCGAAAAGCGCGUGCGCAGUCUGCCCGAGAUCGACGGCCUGAGCAAAGAGACCGUGCUGAGCUCGUGGAUAGCCAAGUUCGACACCAUCUACCGAGGGGAAGAAGACCCCCGGAAGCACCAGCAGAGGAUGACUGCCAGCGCUGCCUCCGAGCUCAUCCUCAGCAAGGACCAGCUGUAUGAAAUGUUCCAGCAGAUCCUGGGGAUCAAGAAGUUUGAGCACCAGCUGCUCUACAAUGCCUGUCAGCUGGACAAUCUUGAUGAGCAGGCGGCUCAGAUCAGAAGGGAACUGGAUGGACGGCUGCAGAUGGCGGAUCAGAUCGCUCGGCUCGGAGGAAGGUUUCCCAGGUUAAUUUCCAGAGAGAUGGAGGCCAUGUUCAUCGAGGAGCUGCGCUCGUCUGUCAACCUGCUGAUGGCAAACCUGGAGAGCAUGCCGGUCUCCAAGGGCGGCGAGUUCAAGCUGCAGAAGCUGAAACGAGGACACAACACCUCCAUUAUGGACAUGGGUCAGGAGGAUGAAAAUCUGCUGUCCAAGUCAGACGUGGUCCUCUCAUUCACUCUGGAGGUGGUGAUAAUGGAGGUUCAGGGUCUGAAGUCUUUGGCUUCAAACAGAAUAGUUUACUGCACCAUGGAGGUGGAAGGAGGACACAAGCUGCAGACGGACCAAGCUGAAGCCUCCAAACCAAUCUGGGGAACCCAAGGUGACUUCACCACCACCCAGCCUCUACCUGCUGUGAAGGUGAAGCUGUUCACUGAGAGCACAGGCGUGCUGGCUUUGGAGGACAAGGAGCUCGGAAGGGUUGUGCUUCACCCGACUCCCAACAGUCCCAAACAGUGUGAGCUCCACAAGAUGGCAGUGACUAAAGGCUGCCCAGAUGAGCUCAAGAUAAAACUAGCCAUCCGCAUGGACAAGCCACAGAACAUGAAGCAUUGUGGGUAUCUUUGGGCCAUUGGCAAAAAUGUGUGGAAAAGAUGGAAGAAGAGAUUCUUUGUCUUGGUACAGGUGAGCCAGUACACUUUUGCGAUGUGCAGCUAUAGAGAGAAGAAGGCUGAGCCGGUGGAGCUUCUGCAGCUGGACGGCUACACUGUGGACUACACCGACCCUCAGCCAGGUCUGGAAGGCGGCCGGACGUUCUUCAACGCUGUGAAAGAGGGCGACACUGUGAUAUUUGCCAGCGACGACGAGCAGGACCGCAUCUUAUGGGUGCAGGCCAUGUACAGGGCCACCGGUCAGUCCCACAAGCCGGUGCCCCCUACCCAGGUCCAGAAGCUGAAUUCCAGGGGCGGCACUGCCCCGCAACUCGAUGCGCCCAUCUCCCAGUUCUACGCUGACCGAGCCCAAAAGCACGGCAUGGAUGAGUUCAUCUCGGCCAACCCGUGUAACUUUGACCACGCCUCCCUGUUUGAGUUAGUGCAACGCCUCACCUUGGACCACAGACUAAAUGACUCCUACUCCUGCCUGGGUUGGUUCAGUCCCGGCCAGGUGUUUGUCUUGGAUGAAUAUUGUGCCCGCUACGGCGUCAGAGGCUGCCAUCGGCACUUAUGUUACCUUAGUGAUCUGCUGGAGAGGGCCGAGAAUGGAGCCAUGAUUGACCCCACGCUGCUUCACUACAGCUAUGCUUUCUGUGCCUCCCACGUACAUGGAAACAGACCCGAUGGGAUCGGCACAGUGACUGUGGAGGAAAAGGAGCGUUUUGAAGAAAUCAAAGAGAGACUACGAGUGCUUCUGGAGAACCAGAUUACACAUUUCAGAUACUGUUUUCCAUUUGGACGACCAGAGGGAGCACUAAAAGCAACUCUGUCCUUGCUUGAAAGGGUUCUGAUGAAAGAUGUUGUGACACCGGUCCCACAAGAAGAUGUCAAGGCUGUGAUCAGGAAGUGUCUGGAACAGGCCGCCAUAGUCAACUACCAACGCCUGUCAGAGUAUGCAAAACUGGAAGGGAAAAAAAGAGAGAUGUAUGAGCAUCCUGUCUUCUGCUUGGCGUCUCAAGUGAUGGAUUUAACUAUUCAAAACGUAGGCCGUUUAGUCACCCCUGCCAAAAAGCUGGAGGACACUAUCCGUUUGUCUGAGCUGGUUAUCGAGGUGCUUCAGCAGAAUGAGGAACACCAUGCUGAGGGAAAAGAGGCCUUUGCGUGGUGGUCGGACCUGAUGGUGGAGCAUGCCGAGACCUUCCUGUGUCUUUACUCGGCCGACAUGGAUGCAGCCCUUGAAAUCCAGCCGCCUGACAGCUGGGACAGUUUCCCGCUUUUCCAGCUGCUCAACGACUUCCUGAGAGUGGAUUACAACCUGUGCAACGGGAAGUUCCAUAAACACCUCCAGGACCUGUACGCCCCUCUGGUGGUGCGAUACGUGGACCUGAUGGAGUCGUCCAUCGCUCAGUCCAUCCACAGAGGCUUUGAAAGAGAGUGCUGGGAACCAGUAAACAACGGUUCAGCAACUUCGGAGGACCUGUUCUGGAAGCUGGACGCUCUGCAGACGUUCAUCAGAGAUCUCCACUGGCCGGAAGAAGAGUUCGGCAAGCACCUAGAAACCAGACUGAAGCUGAUGUCCAGUGACAUGAUAGAAUCUUGUAUAAAACGGACCCGGACAGCAUUUGAGGCCAAGCUGCAGAGAAGCUGCCGGACCACAGAUUUCCGCGUGCCUCAGUCCAUCUGCACCAUGUUUAAUGUCAUGGUGGACGCCAAGUCCCAGUCAGCCAAACUGUGUGUUGUGGACCUCGGUCAGGAGAGACAAUACCACUCCCAAAUCGACCAUCUGAUUGAGGAGACGGUGAAGGAGAUGAUUACUCUUUUGGUUGCAAAGUUUGUGGUCAUUCUAGAGAGUGUGUUAUCUAAACUCUCUAGAUAUGAUGAAGGAACCCUCUUCUCUUCCUUCUUAUCUUUCACAGUAAAAGCUGCCUCAAAGUAUGUGGAUGUACCUAAGCCAGGGAUGGAUGUUGCAGACUGCUACGUUACCUUUGUUCGUCAUUCCCAGGACAUGCUGCGAGAGAAGGUCAAUGAGGAGAUUUACGUCGAGAGACUUUUUGACCAAUGGUACACCAGCAGUAUGAAUCUUAUUGGAACAUGGCUGACUGACCGUAUGGACCUGCAGCUGCAUGUCUACCAACUGAAGAUACUCAUCAGGAUUGUCAAAAAAAAGUACCGUGAUUUCCGUCUCCAAGGAGUUCUGGACUCAACAUUGAACUGUAAGAUGUAUGAGACCGUAAGAAAUCGGCUGACCUUAGAAGAAGCUACCGCUUCGGUGAGGGAAGGAGGGAUGCAAGGCAUUACAAUGAGGGACAGCGAUGAAGAUGAUAAUGAUAACUAGAUCAAAGAUCUGGUUGCUACCACAAUGUCAAAAUGGGUGUACGAUGUGGCUUCCACGCCUUGUGUUGGAUUAUUGUAAGUGAAGUUUUUGCCAGUAGUUUCCUUCUAUCAGCUGUUUUCUAACGAUGUUCUUCUUGAGCUUUGCGUCAUCCUGUGUAAAAGUACUGCAUGUAGCUGGUGUCCACUCCUCAAAGUGCUUUUGCUUCAUGUGUGAAGUCACUGGAAACUUCUGUUUUGCCUUCUCGAAGUGCCCAUUAUUUCUGAGAACAUUUCAAUAAAAGGUAAAUAAAAUGUGGAAACGGC